UGAGUGAGAAUUCUUAGUUUAGUGUAGCAGUCGCCCUUUUGAAAUGUAGACAUUAUGUAUGAUUGAAAUUGCAACAGGCUCGCUGGAUCUUGACGUGCUUCAUAGCUUUUUCAUCAGAUGAGUCUCGCAGAUCAUAAUUUUGCUCGGUUAGUGGAAAAGAUAGUGAAAAUUAAAAUAACUUCGCAAAAUACAAAGUUUUGAUUCAAAGGACUUUAACCUUGGAUGUACGAAAAUAAGUAGAGGCAGUUUCGACGAUAAAGGAACAUACAACCAAAUCAUACAAUUUGCAAUAGUUACGAUAAUAUAUCAUUGAACGUCAAAGCAUCUCUUGUUGAUUGUAUCCGACGAAAAAAAGGAAAAUGUUUGAAAUCCAGGAAACGGAAAGUUCGGACAAUCCGCUGAAGAAAUGGAGAGCAAAAUACGAAACAAACGGGCUGUCUCAGCUGGAUUUCGUCUCUUUCCUGCAAAGCAGUGCUGUUCAAUUUAUUCAUAUUGAGCAGAAGCCAAACUCUGAACUUGGGAGCUAUAAUUUUGAUGAGCAAAACGUAAAACACGUUGUAAUAGAUGUCAUCGAAAAGUUCAUAUGUGGCGAUAACUCGCAGCAAUUCUUGGAACGUCUCAAAUUGGAAGAUAAUUUAUCGACAGUAUGUGGUCGGGUUUUCAAAAUCGGCGAACCAACCUAUAGCUGCCGAGAAUGCAGUAUGGAUCCUACGUGUGUGCUUUGUUCGUCUUGCUUCAAAAAAUCCACACACAGAUUGCAUAAAUACAAAAUGUCAACUUCGGGUGGUGGAGGAUGCUGUGAUUGUGGGGAUCGCGAAGCAUGGAAGCGAGACCCUUCUUGUGAAGAUCAUAGUGUAACGUUGACGGAAAUUCCAGAGCAUUCAGUUAUUACGGAAAAAAUCAAACAAUGCAGUGAGAUCGUUUUCAAAGGAAUAUUGCAAUACUGCAUGAAAACUCUCCGAAUACAAUCAGAGAGUAGUUUGGCGGACUUUGAUGAAAUUGAAGAUGAAGAUAUAUACUGCACACUUUUGUAUAACGACGAGACACAUACAUUUGAGCAAGUAAUCCAAACUUUAACAUCAAUUGUUAAAUGCACCCAAAAAGAAGCUAUUGAGUAUGUAACCAGCAUUGAUCGUGAAGGAAGAGCAGUCGUAAAAUGUGCCUCGUUUGAAGUUUGCAAAAAGCUUAAGGAAGAUAUUGAAAACAAGGUGAUACGCUCAACUAUGACGACCAAAUCAUCGCCAUUGAAGGUGACUGUAUUGCACAAAACCGAGGUUGCCCGUCAGCACUUGGCAAUGCAGACACUCGGCUGGUUCCAGGAGUUUCUGACGAAACAUUCAACGUUCAGAUCUAUUUUCUGUUCCAUAAUUGCAGAAGUGGGAGUGCAGUACAAUUUGAAGCAAAUCCUGAGUAACGAUCACAAGUUGUGGAAAUCAGCCCGGGCCUGCUGGCACCGAUUAUUGAUUUCAGGCAUGCUGAUGGAGUACGAGAAUAAGAAAGCUCUAGCGGUUAUGUUCACCAAACUGUACGCUAAUCUUAUGCAAGAUUUCAUCAGGGAUGACCAUUACCACUCGUUUUCUGUCGCAUCGCUUAGCGUGCAGAUUUUCACCGUACCAACUAUUGCUCACCAUCUCAUUGCACACGAACUGGCAUUCAUCAAAUUGAUGCAUACCUUUUACUCCGAAUCGAUUGGGAAGUAUGUUAAGGAGAAGCUGCUGCAAUUCGAAAAGAACACGUCGACUAUGAAUGUCUUCAAACGUGCUUCAUACAUCUUGAUUGAUUUGAAAUAUCUACUAAGCUUCAAACCGGACGUUUGGACACAGGAACUUAGGGCUGGAUUUCUUCAUGGUGUACAGCUGCUCAUUCGCCUUCUAAAAUGCAUGCAGGGGAUGGAUGCUGUUACUCGCCAAGUUGGUCAGCACAUGGAAUACGAACCCGAAUGGGAAACGGCAUUUACACUCCAUCUCAAACUGUCCCAUUUGAUUACACUCGUACUGGAUUGGUGCAGUACGGAUAAGGUCGUCCUCGUGAAAGUUUAUCGGAUGUUGUUGGGUGCAUUAACCGAAAUAAAAUUCAUUGUAUCCAAGACAAAAGUAGAAGUUAAGGAACUCGCUGACCAUAGUGCUUCAUGCUUGAUGUACGAUGUAGCUUCUGAACCAGUCUCAAUUCAUUUGCCCCUGACGCGCUUUUUGGCUGGUCUAUAUGUUCAUUUCGAAAAGUUUGAUUUGACGUUCGACACGGUAGCGUCGUCAGCUGCAGAUAAGCCAACUCCAGAGGAAAUUAUUGAGCCAGUUUUGUGCACUCGCACGAUGAUAUCUCAAGUUUAUGCUGGAAUGUGGCGACGGAAUGGGUACUCUUUGCUUAAUCAGCUGUAUUUUUAUCGUAACGUGAAGUGUCGUUAUGAAAUGUUGGACCGCGAUAUUGUUAUUCUUCAGAUUGGUGCCUCUUUGAUAGAGAGUAAUGAAUAUUUGAUUCAUGUGUUGAACAAAUUCAAUCUCAUAGAGUGGACAAACGAGGAUUUUGAACCAUCGAAUGCGGCGAACCCAGAAGAAGAUUGUGUCAGACAGGUUAUAAAUAUGGUGGACGAAUUACUUGAAUUGUUGAUUGUCAUCGUCGGUGAACGAUAUGUUCCAGGAAUUGGUAUGAUUUCGGAGGAUGAUCGUAUCAAAAAGGAAAUCAUUCAACAAUUAUGUAUUAAACCUUAUUCACACUCGGAACUCAACCGGGCACUGAACGAAGAUUCCAGUAGCGAAACGGGUAUGGAAAACGUUAUCGAUGAGAUCGCAACAUUCGAAAAACCCACCAAAUCCGACAAGAAAGGAGUUUACAAGCUGAAGCCACAAUAUUUCAGCUGGUACAAUAUGUACUUUUAUCAUUAUAGCAAGGAGGACAAGUCUAAAUCCGAAGAAGCUCAACGAAACCGUCGUAAGGAAAAGGGUCUACUGGUUUGUUGUCCACCACCGGUUUUACCCCAGCUCACUCAAUCUUUCAGCAUGCUGGCCAAUUUGCUGCAGUGCGAUGUGAUGCUGCUGAUUAUGCAAACAGUGCUGAAACGAGCACUGGAUCUCAAAGCUAUAACUUUUUCAGAGAGUCAUGUUCAAAGGGUGCUUCAUUUGAUCGGAUAUGCUAUCCAGGAGGAAGAAUCGGGUCAUUAUCCAUUUUUGAAGUUUAUUGAACGUUCUAAUAAAAUGAAUCUCCUGCCAAUGCUGGAAGAACUUGUCAACAAUGCCAGGGUGGAAUCUCAAAGGGAUCUUCUGUUGUGGGUAAUCCAAAAGUAUAAGGAAGUAAUGCUGAAGUUCCAAGUGAAACAGAUGGACGAGGAGAGCUCAGUGAGCGAGCCCCAGCAAGCAUCUUCGAUGACCCAAAUUGAGGCCGAGCGCUUGGAGAAGGAAGAACGAGCAAAGUUGGCAGCGAAGCGACGUGCACAGAUUCUCGCCCAAAUGCAGAACGCACAGAAGAAUUUUAUGACCUCUAAUGCGGAGCUUUUUGAAACUAGCAUUGAUGACGAAAAAGCGGCUGGAUCCAGCAGUAUGGAUUGGACAUCAACAGCUGAGGAAACUGGUCGACAAGCAUCCGUAGGCCUACAUAGAAAAGUUCAACGAGUGGAAGAAGCCCGCUACAGGUGUAUUCUAUGUUCGGAAGAAUCUUCGGUUACAAAGAAAGAUGAAUGCAUGGUUUAUGCAGCCUUUGUGCAAAAAUCAAGCGUACUUUCCAGAUAUCAACAAACCGAUGAUCAUGGUCAACUAAAGUAUCUUGAAACAAGCAUUCACCCUUCACCACAUGUUAGCACAUGUGGCCAUGUAAUGCAUGCUUCUUGUUUCGAAAAAUAUUUCAGUAAUGAAAUGAUCAAAGAAAAUCGACGACCGUACAGAAAUCGAACUCCGGUGCUUUUCGACAUUGAGAGAAAAGAAUUUUUAUGUCCUCUUUGUCGGUUCCUGAGCAACGCUCUACUCCCGCUGCUUCCAGCGCUUGGAAGCUUCAAUGAAAAUGACAGCUGCUUGAAACAAAUACCAGAUUUGAUGGAUUUCAAAACUUGGUAUACCAUGAUGGAUGAAUUCGUGAACGCGUUCAGAUCUGUGAGUAACAAACACUCAGAAAUGCAACCAGAGUCGGAAGAUUCGGAGGAACAGGCAAUCGUUGUUCGGAAAAUUUACGAAGAUACCGUACUGACAAAACUUGAAGCGGCAUUUGGUGUGAGCAGAGGCACAGUCGAAGAGUCGCGAUCCCUUGUGAGUGAAUCGAUCGAGGAAUAUGUCAACAAAUUUUGCACCUCCGUGCAUGACGUAGCUCCGUUUCCGUCAUCAUCUAAGAAUUUUGAAGAAUAUCUAGUAACCUGGUUAUCAUGCGCGUAUACAAUUGAGUCGCUGGAAAUGUUACUUCGUGCAACGGAUAAACCACUCAGCGGUGAAUUGUCAAUACGGUACACAUCUUGCCUAUCUGGAUUCGUCCGUGCUUCAGCCGUUCUUGGAAAUAACAUAAAAACGCUUAAUACGAGUUUGGUCGAUUACAUGUGCGAUCUACACGACACGCUGCUAGGCAAGAAAAGAUCAUCAUUCCUAGAGUGGGAUAUCUUCAGCAUGAUGACAUCGCUGAUAUUUUCAACGCGUUGUGUUUUGUUUAGCGCCAGCUUGGAGGAAACCAUACCGAAAGGAAACCUUAUUGACCAUAACAUCUUAUCUGCUAUGUUUCUGAUGAACGCCGUGAGAGUCGUCGUCACACAUGAAAUGGCGUUUCCUCAUUCUAUGGACAUUGAUGAGGAGGCGGUUGAGCAAAAUGGUAAAGAGCUAUCCAAGAAUUUGUCGGAUAUUUUCGAGAAAUAUAAUAUAUACUAUCAAAAUGAUAGGGCUAUUACGAAUGCUUUGACACAACACAUUGCACAAACUGUGAAGGAACAAAGUCAAACAUUUUUGAGAUGUUCGUGUCUGCUCUUUCACGCAAUCACAGAUGUCGAGCUACCUAGUGGAGAUAACUUCGAAGCGCUAGCAUCGUAUCUAGGCUUGGAAACAGAUAUUUACGUUUAUUUCAACAAUGAAAUCUAUUACCAAUUUAUUUCUACUUUGAUCAAUGCCAACCACCAAGAGAUACUGGCAGUAAAGCAGAACAUCCGUAAUAAACAAUCGGAAGACAUUGUGCCGAUUAUUCCGGCUAUACCACCUGUGAGACAGCUCAUCGAACUACCUGAAGAUUACAGUGAUCUAAUUAACAGCGUGUCACUAUUCACCUGUCCGAACAAUGUCAGGGAUGAUUCGCGAAAUCCCACGAUGUGUCUAGUCUGCGGAGAAAUUCUAUGUUCUCAAUCAUUUUGCUGUCAAAAGGAGCUGGACAAAAAUUCAGUUGGAUCGUGCACGUAUCACGUUCACACAUGUGGUGCAGGAAUUGGAAUAUUUUUAAGAAUACGAGAUUCGGAAAUAUUACUGCUAGGCAUGAACAAAGGAUGUUUCAUUCCUGCACCGUACCUUGAUGAGUACGGAGAAACGGAUCAAGGUCUACGGAGAGGUAACCCGUUGCGUUUGUGUAAGGAACGUUAUAAGAAAUUACACAUUGUUUGGUUAAGUCAUGGCAUACACGAAGAGAUCACACGUCGCACUGAAACACAGCAAACUAUUUUCGCAACUCAGUGGCAGAAUCUAUGAAAAAAUAACCGACGUGUAAACUGAAGAUAUUCAGUAACAUAAAUUGUUAAAACAUGAAUAAAACAGGAAUGAUGCGGGAAGCGCAGUGAACCAGUGGUUAUAAUUGAAAGGAUAACUUGUAUGGUUGAUACUAGAUGUUAGAUAUGUUUUAUGUAAUUUAAUUUUGCUAUAUUUUUCAGCUGUUGCUAGACAAUUUAUUGCAAGUUUGUUCAUGGUGUGAAACACAUACUUUACAUCUACCACUGGGUUGUUUUUCGAUUCUAACCGAAAUGUCCAUUUCAAGAUUUGGUUAUCCAUCAUUGUGGUAUGUGACUUUUGCGUUGUUGUAUUUUGAAUUGUAAAUUGAAGUAAAUUUAAGCGAACAAAUCAGAAACUGCAAAGAACAUAUGGACCAUAUAUUUUCUCCACACAUCCUUUCAUCCUUGUUUCAGCCAAUAUGAACGCAAAACAGAUAACAACAAUAACAUUUUAGUUUCAUUAAUUUUCACAAAAAAUAUAUGUUAUGUUAUAGAGCAAGAAAUAUAUAAUAAAUGAUAGAAAAUGGUA